UUCUCCCUAUACCAGUCCUUGAACUCUUUGUUUCUGUACUCGUAUCCCAAAUUUCAUUCUCUCUAACUAGGGUUUCCGUCAUCGAUCUUCGAAUUUAAAGGAUUUUUACUGUCAAUCGAUCAUGCAGCAGACUACAAUCCUAAAGUUCACUCCAACGUUUCACCAUCCUUCUGGUAGUAGUAUGAUCAAGAAACCCCAAAUUCACUACACCAAUUUUCCCAACAUACACAAGAUCACCAGCAACAAACCCUUCCACGAUACUAGUUGUCCAAAGAUAUGCAUCACCAACAAGCCCUUUCACAUUUCAUCCUGCAGUAAGAAGGAUAACGCAGAUGCAAAUUCAGCACUGAAGAAGGAAAGAUCAAAGAACUCUACAUCAACCACUGAGAAGAAGUUGCAGUUGAAUGUUUCUUCUGCUUUCGACCCAAUUCUCUCAGCUGUUAAAAGGGUGUUUUCAUCUGUCACUAAAUUGGUUUCACCGUAUAGAUUCGUUGUAGAGAAUGAUUUGAUAUUGUUUAAGUACAGUGAUGAGAAGGAGAUUGUCGGGGUUGUUCAGCAUAUUGUGGAGCAUCAUCAUGAGAACUUAAUGGACACUACUGUUCUAUGUGAACUUGGUUUGUUAGAGAAUUUUAAAAUCAGUGUGUAUGACAUUAUCAAUCAGACCUUACUCAAUGAGGAGGAGAACGAGAAAAUGUGGAGGAUUUGUACCUCAGUGGAGUGCAAGGACAGGGAUUGGAAGAAGAUGGUGGGCGAGAUAGAAGAUAUUCUAAAUGCUCAUGAUGAUGUGAAAUGCAAUUCUACGUAUAACUUUGCUUUUGUGAAUUCAUUUGAACCUGAGAUGAAGAUUGCAGUGAGCGGUUUUGUUACAGUCUCCAAAUUGAGGACUCCUCGCUUCGAGCAUUACAUGGAAGUAAGGAAGAAAGUGCUGUCAGAGAUUGAUGAAAUACGAAUUAAACAUGGAGGAAGUAAGGAGGAAAGUGCUCUUGGUGAUCGGGUAAAAUUGAUCCGAAGUAGAUGAAGUAUAGCGAAUGUGUCAAUAGCUGAUGAAUGUGUCUAUGGCUCUUACAGUACUUAGUAGCAGGUUAUAUUUACUUUUUUGUUUUUCUUCUUUGAAGAUGAUUGCAUCUUUUCGAGCUACUGCAAUAUAAGCUUAGGAAAUGAAACUUCAGUUUCUAUCAUGGGUAACAUUUUCUGGAUUUAUCAUUGCAGAUUUUUGAAUAUACCUCGUCCUGCAUUACCCUUCGCCA